AUGGAUGUGGUUCGUUCACCAAGUAUGUUUGUUAUUGUUCUUCUUCUUCCCUUUCUGCUUUCCUCUUGUGCCUAUGGCUACUCAUUAGAUGAAGUCAAGCCAUGGUGUAGCCAAACCCCUAACCCUCAGCCAUGUGAAUACUUCUUGAUGAGCUCCAAAACUUACAAUAAACCCAUAAAGCAAAAAUCAGAUUUCUUCAAACUUUCAGUCCACCUUGCCCUUGAUAGAGCUCAAAAGGGCCUAACCAAGACUCUCUCACUUGGCCCUAAGUGUAGGAACGCACGUGAGAAAGCUGCUUGGUCUGAUUGCCUUGAGCUCUAUCAGCAAACCAUCAAUAGGAUCUCAAAAACUGCAAGCCCUAAUUCCAAAUGUACCCAAGUCGAUGCUCAAACAUGGCUUAGCACAGCCUUGACCAACCUCGAAACGUGCAUACUUGGGUUUUACGACCUCGGAGUUACAGACUAUGUUUUGCCUUUGAUGUAUGAUAAUGUUACUCAGUUGUUAAGCAAUGCCUUAUCUCUUAACAAGGCUCUAUACGCUCCGCCAAGUUUCAAAGAUGGGUUGCCUUCUUGGGUUAAGCCCGGUGACCGGAAACUGUUGCAGGUGGCCUCACCGGCUUCUCAAGCUAAUGUCGUGGUGGCCAAAGACGGUUCUGGCAAGUAUAAAACCUUGAAGGAGGCCGUAGAUGCUGCACCAAAGAGUAAUAAGGGAAGGUAUGUUAUAUUUGUGAAGGCAGGAGUUUACAAUGAACAAGUUGAGAUAAAAGGGAAUAAUAUUAUGUUGUCGGGAGAUGGCAUUGGAAAGACUAUAAUCACGGGUAGCAAAAGUGUUGGAGGAGGCACUACAACCUUCCAUUCAGCUACUGUUGCUGCUGUGGGAGAUGGAUUUAUUGCAAGAGACAUGACAUUUAGAAACACAGCUGGACCAUCAAACCACCAAGCCGUGGCACUCAGAUCAGGUUCAGAUCUCUCAGUGUUCUAUCGAUGCAGCUUUGAGGGAUACCAAGACACACUCUAUGUGCAUUCCCAAAGACAAUUCUACAGGGAAUGUGACGUUUACGGCACAGUUGACUUCAUCUUUGGUAACGCAGCUGCUGUUCUACAAAACUGCAAUCUGUAUGCAAGAACUCCUCCUCAAAAGACCAUCACAUUCACAGCUCAAGGCCGAACUGAUCCAAAUCAGAACACCGGCAUCAUUGUUCACAAUUCUAAGGUCACUGGCGCGUUGGACUUCAACUUGAACAACGUUGAGUCUUACCUUGGAAGGCCAUGGCAGAAGUAUUCAAGGACAGUGUUCAUGAAGUGUUCUCUUGGCAGUUUGAUUGACCCAGCAGGGUGGACGCCGUGGAGUGGUAAUUUUGCUUUGGACACUGUGUAUUACGCUGAGUAUGCAAAUACAGGACCUGGCUCUUCAACUUCAAAUAGGGUUAAGUGGAAGGGUUACCGUGUGAUUGGUGCUUCUGAGGCCUCACAGUUCACUGUUGGCCGUUUUCUUUCUGGAGGUUCAUGGUUACCAGCCACUGGUGUGCCUUUCACUUCGGGUCUUUAA